AUGGAGCGAUCAGUAGGAAAUAUAAAGGAAAUGUUGCGUGAAAAUGUUGCCCGCUUUUUAGAGCAUGCCGAUGGACGUGAAGUGAUCGUUAGCGUAACGGCACGACUUGUCAAGAAACGUCCGUUUCAUGCCUUCAGAGUGAAGAACAAAAAAGAAUGGAAAAGGAUUCAGAAAUUGAGCAGUCAAAGUCAAAUGCGACGGAUAAAACGCCAUCGAAAGUUAGCAAAUCAACCACCGUCUCCAGCCAAGAUAACAGUUCCGGGAUUGUGA